UUUCCUCUUAGCAGCCGCCGCCGUGUUGAUGUUCGUGUAGUUCUAUGUUGAUGUUUUGGCUCAGUUUGAGAGGCGUUACGUUUAAUGGUAGAUUUACACAGAGGACGUUUUGCCUUCUUCCUUUUACUUUCGCUGCAGUAUACCGCUAAAACAGCUGGCUGAGAGAUGUCGGACAGCUCCAGUGACACAGAGUCGUCCUGUGGAUGGACAGUCAUUAGUAACGAGGGUUCAGAUAUUGAAAAUCUGGGGCCGUAUAACGCCGGAGAGUGUGAGGAUGAAGCGGUUGGCAAUGCUCUGGACAUAUCUGAUGCCAAGCGAGGUGAGGAGAGUUUGGGAGAGUCUUCACUAGACCUCACGCUGAAAGAGGAGGCGGAGCCGGCCCGAGAGGCGGCUGGAGAAGAACAUGUGAUCCUCUGCUCCUCCAGUGAGAACUCUGACAUCAUCACUCUGGCGGAGUCUCAGGAGGCGGAGAUUGACACGUGGGAGGAGCCUGUUGCUAAGGAGACGGAGGAGGAAGCAGGAAGUGAGGAGCUCUAUCUCGGAAGCUCGUCGAGCAGCCAGUACACGUUUAGAGAGUCGGAGACAACAGACUGGUGUUGGAGCAGAUGGGGAUUUUCCAGGACGCUGUGGGAAUUCGGCAGCCAUCUGCACAGCUCUCUCUCUCUCUCAGUUUUCCCAGUGGAUCAGCCCGUGCAGCGAGACGGUGGUAACAGCAGCAGUGAGGAUGAGGAUGAGGAGGGUGAGGUGAAGGUCAGUCCUGUGGUGAGGAGACGCAGAGUGAGGAGGAGCACCGCUGGCUCAGAGCCUGGAGACCCUCAGGGGCCCCACAGGAGACAAGAGGAGGCUGUUGAGGGGGUCGCAGCUCAUCCGGAGGGCCGUGCUGCUCGGCACGAUCUGGGUCCCGUCAGCGGCACCCUGAACAAAUGCAUCCUGCUAGCACUUCUAAUCGCCAUCAGCAUGGGCUUCGGACACUUCUAUGGCACAGUCCAGAUCCAGGAAAGGCAGAGGAUCGUGGAAAAGAGUCGCAUAAAUGAGCUGGAAGCGCCGUGUAAGAGAGAGCUGGAUGUUGAAGUGGUUGAGAAUCUCAAGGAAGACCUAGAGGAAAAGCAAGACAUGGUGAUGUCCCUCAUGAACGUCAUGGAUAAGAUAACUAAAGAAAACCAGCAUCUCAGAGUCAAACAGGAAGAGUUACAGGCCCAAAGACAGGAUUUAUACGUGCAACUGACGCAAACCAAAAGCCAAAUGGAGUCUCGGCAGAAAGACCUGACCACGGAGAACCAGCAUCUCAAAAUCACUCUGGAGCGAGAAGAAGCGUCUCUUUCGGCCCUUCAGGAGGAGCUGAGGUCUCUGCGGGGACAGAUACGAGAGUUAGAGGAGCGAGGAGCCGGGGCCGACUCCAUCCUGUCCCAAAACCAGCGACUGAAGGGCCACCUACAGGAGGAGAAACAGAAAGCACGCAGCUUCAUGAGCCAACGGGAAGCGCUGAUGGCCGAAGCCCAGGAGCUGCGGAAAGAGCUCGAUAGGGAACGGAAAGUGACGGACAAGCUGAAGGAGGAACUGGAGGAAAUUAGGAAAGAGGAGGACAUCGAGAGCAAGACGGAUCCCGAGAACGAAGAACUGCAGGCACGACUUCAUGAGCUCGAGAACAAGUUGAAGUUCGAGCAGCAGCGCUCCGAUCUUUGGGAAAGACUGUACGUGGAAUCGAAGGAGGAGAGAGCGAAGGGCGACCGGGACGUGAAGACCAAGAUUCCCAAGAACGGGAUGUUGGGAAAAGUGAAGGAAACCUUCGACGCUGUGAAGAACUCCACUAAGGAGUUUGUGCACCAUCACAAGGAGCAGAUCAAGAAAGCCAAAGAGGCGGUGAAGGAAAACCUCCGGAAGUUUUCCGACUCGGUUAAAUCUACGUUCAGACAUUUUAAAGACUCCGCUUCGAAUGUCUUCAGGCAUCACAAGAGGUUUCACGACGCCAAACCCGAGCAUCACCCGUUUCACCAGGAGCAAGGAAACAAGCGCGCCGAAGACUGGCAGCCGCAGAAACCUUUACAUCCUCGCAAAUCAACCAGCGACUCCAGCGUUCACGCCGAUCGCAACACGCGCAAACCCGGCGCUCAGAGAGACCACAGCACCAUGGGACAGAAAACGCCGCCCAAAGGCUGUUCGGGAGUGUUCGACUGCGCCUAUCAGGAGUCCAUGAGUCUGUUCAACAAAGCCAUGGAUCCCAUCCGCGCCGACGAGUUCAACGAGCUCCUGCGAAGCUAUUUGCAGAAAGAAGUGGUGCACUUCCACCACUGGAGGGAGCUGGAGAGCUUCAUCGAGAAUUUCUUCCAUAACGGCGUCUUCAUUCACGACCAGAUGCUGUUUACGGACUUCGUGAGUGGCGUUGAGGAUUACCUCGAGGAAAUGGAUGAGUAUCACAGCCUCAGCGACGAUGUGUUCGAGGACCUGGACGACUACAUAUACCGCCACAUAUUCGGAGAUACCUAUUUAAAAUACUUUGGGCCAAGUCGACCCUUCAAAGGGCCGGGGUCAAAGGGCAAGGCGUGGCGUCACUGUCAGCGGCUACAGAGGAAGCAACAUCAGCCCCGCCCUCGCCCUCAAAGAGCCAAGAAAUGGAGCCAAUCAGGACGCGACCCCAACCGACAGUUCGCAGAUGUCAAAAUAGAGCUGGGUCCCAUGCCCUUCGAUCCCAAAUAUUAGAAGAAACAUUUUAGUUCUUCUCAAUAUGGCUCCUAAUUUGUUUGUUUUGUCUAGGAGAAGGUUCGAGAAAGCUUUGGUUUCACCUUUUCAGUCAUUUUUAUUGCACAGUGUAAAUGUUCCAAUGCUGGUUGAAUGAUUUUUUUAGCAGAUUAGAAUUAAUUCUAGGUAUUAUUGAGGCAUAUUUAUGUUUCCCAUUCCCUGAAGUUAUGCAAAAAGAUUUGGAAGUUAAUAUAAGAAUGUUUAAAUUAUUUUGAUUUGGAUUACUUGCGCACACACACACACACACACAAUUUUAAUUCAUUAUUAAUGUUUCUAAACAAAAAACUUGAUGUGUUUAAUUUUGCUUCGGACCAAAUAACCAAUCAGAAAACAUGAUAUUGAAAUUCUUUUCAUCUCAAAAGUUCAGUAGAUUUGAAAGAGUUGAAAACAUUGCUCUUUGUUAUAAAAAUACCUUUGAAGUAAUCUUGUUUGAAGAGUUUCUGCCGUAGCGGUUUUAUUUAAACAUGCAAAUCAGUAGAAGGUGUGAUUUAAGAUUUAGUUUCAAUCCGCACUAGUUAGUGCACUAUUUCCCCCCUCUUUUUCUCAACUGUGUUGCUCUCAGCUUAAUUACAUUCCUUGUUUGGAAACGUCUUUAAUGUAAUUGAACACAAAUGCACUUAAGCUGCUUAAUGUUGCACUUAAAAGUCUAGAAUAAAAGUCUUUCACUGCUUCA